AUGGCCACUACAAUGUGCAGUAUCACCUCACCCGAAAGCUACGAAACCCCAGAGCACUGCUGCCGUCUUUCACCCUCAAUACUCUGCUCCAUACACCUGGCAUUUCCAAUCCCUUCCAGCUCCACCGUCCGACGUUACCUCCCGUCGUCUCAACUCCUGAUCGCCUUGGAUGCUGUGGCAAUGUUGCAGUGUUGGACAAUUGCCUAG